AUGAACGAAACUAAAGAAGAUACUUCCGACAGAGCAGAUGAGGUGUCAUUAGAAAACCUUUCCUUUGAAAAACUGUCGUUUGAAAAAUUAUCAUCAGAAAAACCUUCGUCAGAAAAACUUUCGUCAGAAAAACUUUUAUCAGAAAAACUUUCGUCAGAUAAAGAAGGGGAUGAAAAAAAAAAUGUAAUAAAAAAUAAAAACUUAAAAAAAAGUAACAAAAAAAUUAUUAAAAAGAAUAAAAAGAAAGGGAAAAUAAAAAAAAACAAUUCAAAAGAAAGUCAACCAGCUACUUUAUUAUCAAAUAGUGAUCGUAAUAAGAAUAAUAAUGUUUCUAAUAAUAAAUCUAAUAAACCUAUAAUUAUUUCUUCUCAUAUUAUACCCCCUCCACCACCUACUUCCAAACCUCCACCUCCACCACCACCAAAGGAAAAAAAUCAAAUCGAGAAAUGGACUUUAAGAAAAAAUACAGUCUAUAGUAUCAGCACAAAUAUUGAUCUACCUAAUACAACAAACGGAAAUUUAAUUAAUAAUAAUAAUUUUUCAAAUAUUUUAAUUACAAAUCAAAAUAAUAAUCAUAAUUUACAACAUAUUCACAAUAAUUCAAACAGAAAUAUGCAAAAUGAUAAUAAUAAUAAUAAUAUUAUUAACAAUAUAGGAAUUCAUUCGACUGGUACACUUUCGGUAGGUAAUAAUCACAUGUUAGGGAAACCAUCCUUAAGUCUUAAACCACUAAAUAAUCACUGGAGUAUAAAUAAUAAUUAUAAGAAAAAAGGAGAGCAUAAUAUAAGUAUAAAGAAAUUGAGUUCUGUUGAAUUAAGGCAUUCUAUAAAUUAUAAUAUAAAUACACAUAAUAAAAAAAAUGAUAUUAUUAAUAAUAACAUGAUGUACUAUAAUAUCACAAGUAAUAAUAUGGAUAAAGACAAAUUUAAAAAUCAUCUUCAAAUAAGACACGGAUCAUAUUAUCAAAAUAUAAAUCCUAUAAAUAUAAUUAAAGAACAAGAAGACAAAAACAAAAAAAAUACUCUCUUACCAAAUAGUAAUAUGAACCAAAUAAAUAAAGAUCCUAUAUAUUAUAUGAACAAAUCAUCAUAUGAAUAUAAUUUAAAAGGAAACAUUAUAUACCCUCCAAAGUUUCCUGCUGUAUCUAACUUUUCUUCUAAUAGACCAUAUCUCUUAAAAGCUCCUUCUGAACUUGCCAUACCCAAGACAGCAUCCAAAAUUUUAAAGAAAAAUGUAUUUAAAGAAAAAGCAGGUGGAUUUCCGAGUUAUCCAAAGGAGGGACCUCCGCCUAAUCCUUUCUCAUCGAGAAAAUUAUCAGAGCCUAUUAUAAAUAUGUGUCCAAGUAAUGUGAAACGUCUUCCCCCAAUUCCAGGCUCGUUCCAUGAAAAAAAAGCGGUCCCUAUGAAAUACCAUGCAUAUGAAUCACAUGUAGAUAAUACGAAAUAUUCUUAUAAAGCCAAAGGAAAUAAAAUGAAUACACCUAUGAGUGAUAAAAAACCGCACAAUAUAAUAGUGACAAAUAUACCCAAAGAUUUAAGCGCACAAGAGAUCAUGGAAACUUUUAAAUGUGUGGGGAAUGUGUUAGGAGCCGACAUAAUGUUAACAAGCAAGGGUACCCAUUCUGGGCGUGCUUGUAUUACAUUUCCUGAUUUUGAAUCGGCUUCGCUAGCAGCUAGUCAGUAUGACGGUGGAACCUUAAACAAUCAAAAAAUUAAAGUAUUUGUAGAAUGA